AAAAGAGGCACACCACGUGUUUGCUCUGAUAAAUUCUCUUUAUGUUUUGAGAGGGCUUGGGUUGUAUUUGCGUGGGGUCGCUCUGGACGUGUUACUCAACAACAGAAGCCACCCUCUGGUCAGGAUCAUGGAGGGCAGAGGGGAUGGUGGCUCAGACGAGGGCUCGGGCAACCACAAAGCCGCGCGUCUCCUUUAAGAGGCUCGGCAGUGUCUGCUAAACGCAUCAGGAGCGGCGCAGAGCCGCCCCCCGUGUCUGUGCGAGAGUUACUGUGGCUGAGCGGCUGCAGAGCCCAGGAGCCCCGCUCGCCCAAGCGCGUCCGCGGAGUUCGCGUUUGCCGACGGGAGGAGGGUGUUUGACAGACCCGUUCUAGGAUUCACGGGAAAGCGGCAUCACCGGGAGCGCCAUGCAAUGAAUCGUAAACAAGCCACCCCCCCCAGCGGUGGAAUGGAGCAGCCAUGAAUGGGGACGCCCCCCCCAGCCCCGAGCCGCCCUGCCCGCUGCCCGACUGGAAGGAGUUCUGCGAGCUGCACGCCCGCGCCUCGGCCUCGGACUUCGCCGACAAGUUCCGCCGCUUCGUCCGAGAGAACCCCAGCUACGACUCCCCGGGCGCCGACGCCACCUUCUCCCAGCACUUCGCCCGGCACUUCCUGGACUGCUUCGCGGCCGAGCUGAGCCGGGCCCACACCCCCGGCUCCCCGGGCACGGCCAAGUACAGCAUCGUGCCCUUCGUGGGCCUGCAGAGCUGCCCGCUGCCCUACGGCCGCGACCUCUACCUGCGCCGCAAAGAAGAGGCGGGGGCCUCCAGCGAGUCCCUGGACAGCAUGGACAGCGGGCCGGGGAACCCCCCACCCCAGGCCUCCAGGGCGCCCCUGGGCCAGUCCCGCAGCUCCGAGGACGUGUCGGCCGGCCACCCCAAGGCCAGGUUCAAGAAGGGCUUCUCGCUGCGCAACAUGAGCCUGUGCGUGGUGGACGGCGUGAAGGAGAUCUGGCACCGGCGCGCCUCCCCGGAGCCCCAGCCCGGCCGCCGAGCCAGCGGAGAGGCGGGCGACAAGCGGGGCCAGCGCCUGCGCUUCUCGCGCCCCUCGCAGGGCCCCCGGGCCGAGCUGCUGGAGAUCCAGAGGGAGGGGGCCCUGCGCUACAUGGUGGCGGACGACACCAGCUGCGUGGGCGCCUCCCAGUGGCAGAAGUGCCGGCUGCUGCUGCGCAAGUCCGCCCGCACGGAGGGGGAGCGCUUCCUGCUGGAGUUCUACGUGCCGCCCAAGUCUUCCAAGCCUAAAGUGAGCAUUCCUCUGUCAGCCAUUGUGGAAGUCAGGACCACCAUGCCUCUGGAAAUGCCUGACAAGGACAACACCUUCGUACUCAAGGUGGAGAAUGGUGCAGAAUACAUCCUGGAGACGAUCGACUCCCUGCAGAAGCACUCCUGGGUGGCCGAUAUUCAGGACUGCAUAGACCCCGGGGACAGCGGUGAUGACAUCGAACUGGCCUCCUGCCUCCAUGGCCCUGCCGGUAAAGACUUCCCCAUGGUGGCGUCCUGCAGCUGCGAGCUUCUGUCGGAAGGUGUGCACCGGGCACCAGACCGGUCCUGUGUCAUGGCCCACGAGCACCAUGGCGCCCCCUCUGUCCGCUGCCGAGAAUCGCUCUUCGCAGAACACCCCAUGCACGCCCCCCUGGAGCCCUUCCUGCAGUCUCUGGAGACCCCUGGGGCCACGACAGGGUGUCCUGUCGGUGAGUCCGGGGACGCAGAGGGCGAAGCCAGCCUGGCUGGUUACCCAUGGUUCCAUGGGACGUUGUCCAGGGUGCGGGCAGCGCAGCUUGUCCUGUCUGGAGGGGCGCGCAGUCACGGGCUCUUUGUCAUCCGGCAGAGCGAGACGCGCCCGGGCGAGUACGUCCUGACGUUCAACUUCCAGGGCAAGGCCAAGCAUCUGCGGCUGUCGGUGAAUGACAACGGGCAAUGUCACGUCCACCACCUGUGGUUCCAGACCGUCUGCGACAUGCUGCGCCACUUCCACACCCACCCCAUCCCACUGGAGUCUGGAGGCUCGGCUGACAUCACCCUGCGCUGCUAUGUCCAGGCACUGCGCCCCACACCAGAGCCCGCGGUGUCCCAGCUCCCUCCUCCCGCCCGAGAGCCCGGCGGCUGCCGGCCCGACCUCCACCCCUCUCCGCACUACUUCUCCGGGGCCCCCCAGCCCGGCCUGCCGUCCGCAGACGGCCCCCCGUCCUCCAGCUCCUCCUCCCCCUGGGGGGAGGCGGCGGGCGGCGGCGGCGGCGCGGGAGGGGGGCUGCGCAGCCGCAGUAACAGCUCGGAGCGGCUGCUGGAGCCCCCUGCUGGCUCGGCGGAGGACUAUCACGAGAGCGACGGGGCGCGCAGGGCGAGGGCGGUGGAGAACCAGUACUCCUUCUACUGAGCGAGCCGCGGGGGCGCCGCCGGGAGGCUCCGAUUGGCUGGAGCCACGCGCACACAGGAGAGGGGCCCCCCCCCGGCGGGCGGUGAGGCGGAGCCAGUGCACCCGGGAGCCGGUUGUCCAGCUUGUGUGCUCUUCAGCAAGAUGUACUACCCAAAAAUCGAACCUCCCUCUUUCCAGCUGGGUGUUCUGAGACAGUGCCAAAUAGUCUGACCCGCCCCCUGGGUGCCCAUGACAGCCAUGUAAGAACUGCCCCUGCAGGGGUUCACUCACAGCUGCCCGAGGGCUCAGAGACCGCGCCCCUGCUGCGGGAGGUCUCAGCACUGCCGCCGACCUCACUUCUGUGACACGCUCGGUGCGCAGAGUCCUGCGCCAGCAGCAGGCCGA